CAGGGACUUGCCGCUGGCUGGUUACUUCUGGGUUUCUCCGGAUCAGCAGCAAAACAGAAGGAGAGAGAGAGAGAGAGAGGGAGAGAGGAGCGGUACGCUGGGCAAGCGGAGACGCACAGCCGGGGCUCAGCUGGAGAUUCAGUGUUGCGGAAGGACGAUCGGGGCGAGUUUCAAUAGAAGACGAGCUUGGGCGGUAUGCAAAGUUGUGAAAUAUCUUCAGACAGUGCAGAUGAUCCUCUCAGUAGUGGCUCACAGAGAAAGCGACAACCUCGAAUAGUAGUUAUCGGUGCUGGACUCGCUGGCCUAUCUGCUACAAAAAAACUCCUAGCGAAUGGAUUCACAGAUAUUGUCAUUCUAGAAGCAUCUGAGCGAAUCGGAGGCAGAGUGCAAAGCGUUAAACUUGGCUGUGCUACAUUUGACCUUGGGGCAACUUGGAUUCACGGUGCUCAUGGGAACCCGAUUUAUCAGCUAGCAGAAGACCAUGGUCUCCUUGAAGAAACUACAGAUGGCGAACGGAGCAUUGGCCGCAUCAGUCUCUACUCCAAGAAUGGGGUGGCACACUACUGCACCAGCAGUGGUCAGAGAAUACCUAAGGAUGUCGUUGAGGAAUUCAGCGAUGUAUACAACGAGGUCUACAACCUGACUCAGGAGUUCUUCCAACGGGGAAGGCCAGUUGGUGCAGAAAGCCAAAACAGCGUUGGCGUUUUCACAAGGAACGUGGUGCGUAAACGCCUCAAAGCUGAUCCUGAAGACUCGGGCAUCACCAAGGAGCUGAAGCUGGCAAUGCUUCAGCAGUUCUUGAAGGUUGAAAGCUGUGAGAGCAGUUGCCACAGCAUGGAUGAAGUAUCCCUUAGUGAGUUUGGCGAGUGGACAGAAAUCCCUGGUGCCCAUCACGUCAUUCCGAGCGGCUUCAUUAACAUAGUGGAGAUCCUGGCGCGGGAUAUCCCUAAAUCGGUGAUCCAGCUGAACAAGCCAGUCAAGUACAUUCAUUGGAACCACUCGGUCAGCAAGCAAAUCCACUUGAUCAGCAGCUCAUUCCCGAACCACAACCUUGACAGCCAAGAGGAGGAGGGCUACCCGGUCUACGUGGAGUGCGAGGAUUGUGAGCUUAUCCCAGCGGAUCACGUAAUUGUGACCAUGUCCCUCGGGGUGCUGAAGAAGUACCACGAAACCAUGUUUCACCCCCGUCUCCCUGAAGAGAAGGUCUCGGCCAUCCAGAUGCUGGGCAUUAGCACCACAGACAAGAUCUUCCUGGAGUUUGAGGAGCCCUUCUGGAGCCCCGAGUGCAACAGCAUGCAGUUUGUUUGGGAGGACGACGCAGAAAAUGAGAGCCUCGCCUACCCAGAGGACCUGUGGUACAAAAAGAUCUGCAGCUUUGAUGUGCUAUACCCGCCCGAGCGGUAUGGGCAUGUGCUGAGUGGUUGGAUCUGCGGAGAAGAAGCCAUCAUCAUGGAGAGAUAUGACGAUGAGACGGUGGCGGAAACGUGCACGGAACUGCUGCGAAAAUUUACAGGUAACCCACACAUUCCGAAACCCCGGAGGAUCCUGAGGUCUGGAUGGGGCAGUAACCCUUACAUCCACGGGUCUUACUCCUACACGCGGGUUGGGUCGAGUGGAGCGGACGUCGAGAAACUUGCAAAGCCCCUGCCUUAUCCAAAAAGCACAAAAGCGGCUCCAAUGCAGAUUUUAUUUGCUGGCGAAGCCACUCACAGAAAGUACUACUCAACUACCCAUGGUGCUUUGCUUUCUGGCGAGCGAGAGGCUGCACGCCUCAUAGAAAUGUAUCAAGACCUCUACCAAGGCAAGGGCAUGGAGUUCGAUAACUAACAAACCACUUACUCGUGAGACCUAGUAUGGACUGGACUAAAAAUAUGUUCAAUGUGCUAUUUCUGAAAGUAGAAUAUUAUAAUCUUGUUUGAUAAGGGUAUGUUUGAACCUUUUCAAGUGGAUUUAUGUAUGAUUAACGCAUUCUGGUAAAGCUUUGGCCAUGCAAAUGUUGACACUUCUGUACUAUUUUAAUUUUUAAACUAAUGCAUUUCUAACCUCAUUUUGAUUUUCUGCAUCGUAAGUGCCUUCUUGUAUUAAGUUAUAGAUCUAAUAAAAUGAUGGGUGUAAUAGAAGAGGAGGCGGCUGUUUGGAAACUCAACAUUCAAUUGCUUACCUGUAGAGCUGAAGUUGAGAGAGAAAGUCCUCCAUUUUGUAGCUGCCUAAAGGCUCGCUGCAAAAUGCUGACCUGUGUUUCACUGCAUCUUGCAUUAGAUGCUAUAGCCAUUAAACAAAACAUUGUCUAAGUGUCAGAUGUGGUUCAGGGGUAACAUACUUGCUUCUGGUUUAGAUGGUUGUAGGUUUGAGCCCCGUUCCAGGGACUUGUAGUUAACAUUUAGGCUGAUGCUCUAGUGCUAUACUCAAGCUAUGCUGCAUUGUUGAAAGUGUCAUCUUUUGGAUAAGAUGAGGCACAAGUAGCUGUGAAAGAUCCGAUGGCACUAUUUUGAGGAACAGGGGAGUAGGAAUAAUGGGCGUAUUCAAAUUGGCAAGAUACCACAUGUGGUCUCUCCCAGGGUCUGGGGCCUCAGCUUUUUACCAUAUUUGUAAAUUACUUAGAUGAAGGAAUAGACAGCUGUAUAUAUAAGUUUGUCGAUAACGCCAAGGCAGCGAGGUAAAUAAUGUAGAUGAAAACAGGAAAUUGCAUAGGGACAUUGAUAGCUUAAAUGAGUGGCCAAAACUGGGGCAGAUACAUUUCAAUUUAUGAAGUGUGAGACCAUCCACCUUGUUCGUAAGAAAGAUCAAUCAGUGUUUUUUAUAAAUAGUGAGAAGCUAGGAUCUGUGGUGGAGCAGAGAUUUAAGGGUUCACAUACAGAAAUCAUUAAAAGCUAAGUGACAGGUACAAAAUUAAUUUUAAAAGAUAAAAGAAUAUUUGUCUUUAUCUCAAGGGGGUUUAUAGUUAUAUAAAGCUCUGGUUAAAUCCCAUUAAGAGUGCUGCAUGAAUUCUGGACACCACACUUAGGAAGCCUUGGCGGGGUUGUAGUGUAAAUUCACUAGAAUGAUACUCUGCUAAAAAAGUUAAAUUAUGAGGAGAGGUGACAUAGGCUUGUAUUCCCUGCUGUAGAGUAAGGGGUGAUCUAACUGAGUUCUUUAAGAUGAUUAACGGGAUCGAUAGAGGAAAAUCUAUUUCCUCUGAUGGGGAAGUCCAGAACAAGCAGGGAAAAAUCCUAAAAUAGAGCUAGACCAUUCGGGGGUGAUGUCAGGAAGGUCUUCUUCACAUAGAGGGGACUAGAUAUCUGGAUCACACCCCCCACAAAGAACUGGUGAGGCUAAUCAACUGAAAAUUUCAAGACUGAAAUUGGUAAGAUUUUUAUUAGGUCAGAGUGUAAAAGGAUAUGAAGCCAAGAUAGAGUUAAGUUACAGAUAAGCAGAUGACACUUCAAAAAGAACUUUAUUAGCUGUAAAAUGUGUUGGCGCUUCCUAACGUCAUGAAAGGCAUUGCAUAAAUGCGAGUUUUUCCUUUCUCUCCCCAAACCACCACUGCCCCAUAAACUUUGCUUGACUAGAAACACUUCAGGUUAGGACUUAAGACUCGGUGGAGGGGGAAAUUGAUUGACACCAAUAGCAUAAACUGGGCUGAUAGCAUAUUACACCAUGUCCGAUUUUCUUUUCCAUUGUGCAUGGUAUAAAGUGGGCUGCCAAAUCACUAUCGGCCUGCAUUUUUUGGCAAGAGGGUGAAGCCUGUAGGAAGCCCUAUUUUCUACCAAUGAGUGACAGGGGUAACGCUCAAUGAAAUCUUUUUCUUCACUGUACAAGCUGGCAUUCUUCUUCUUUCCCUUCUGCCCCAACUUAAGAAACCAUUGACUAUCUUUAGCAGACACAUGCACAUGGCACAGAUCUAAAAUUAAUUCAAUGACUGGCUACAAGCCUGAGUUACUGUGACCUGCUGGGCGACUUUUAGUUUGAUAAUGUUAUACUUUGUCUAAUUACAGGGAUUUCGUUGCCAUGCAUUUUACAUUACGAUUAUGUUUUUUCUUUCUGUUGUAUGGAGAGAAUGCAGCAAAAAAUGUGCUUAAAGAUGCAGAUAAUCAUGGAAUUGGGCAGGCAAAUGGCAAAUGUAAUUGUAACUUUUGAGAAAUGUGAAAUAUUGCACACAAGUCCAAAUAAUGUGGGGUCCAACUACUCAAUAAAAAAAUGAAUUCCAA